AUGGCAUCUCUCCUCCAGCUUGCUCUUGCUGUGCUUUUGGUAGCAUGCACUGUCCCCGGUGCACAAGCCCAAGGUCAAGUGUCAAUAGCGACGAACAGGACAGGGCCAUUGUCGCAAUACAAAUCCAGACCCGACAUUUUUGCACCUUUCCUGAACAUUUCUCUUUUCGACGAAGGUGCUGUGACUCCUGGGUAUAUCUUCCUGGGUCCGUACCAGACAUUUCAAGAGGCGAUCUACAUUUAUGACAACAGAGGGAACUUGGUUUAUUCGGGAUAUGGCUCGACCGGUGGUGGCCCUAGUCACAAUUUCCACCUUUGCUCAAUCAAUGGGACGGACAAUCUCUGCUACAUAACCGGUGGUCAGAAUGUUGGAUAUGUGCGAGGCUACGCUGUGGUCCUGGACGACACUUUCACAGCCAAAACUUCGAUCCAUUCACAGGGAGGCGUGGCCAAUUUUGACGAGCAUGAAUUCAAUGUGCUGCCCGACGGCUCUUCUCUGUUUACCCUCUACAAUCCCGAGCACUAUGACCUAUCCGCUUAUGAUAUCACGUCGGGCCAGGGCUGGAUCAUGAACAAUUUCUUUCAGCGUAUCGAAAUUGGGACCAAUCGAUUGCUCUUUGAGUGGUCUGCCUUGGACCAUGUCCUGCCCAACGAGACUUUUGUGAUGCCAGAUACAACCGAGGUAUCGGGAGACGGAUUUGGGCCGACAAGCCCCUGGGACUAUUUCCACAUUAACAGCGUGGAUCAGAACGCAGAUGGAGACUACCUGGUGUCUGCACGCCACACUUGUACCAUAUACAAGGUGUCCGGACAAGAUGGCCACAUCAUUUGGCGACUGGGGGGUAUAGCCUCCGAUUUCAGCUUCCCAACGGGCCUGAAUUUUAGUUUCCAGCAUGAUGCGAGGUUCCGCGAAGAGAACGAGACCGCCACUGUAAUCUCCUUGUUCGACAAUGCGUCAAAUGGAUACAAUCAAACCUCCCGCUAUUCUUCAGGCGUUAUUUUGAAGCUCGACCACACGACGAAUUCGGUGACGCUCCUCAAAAGGUUUAUUGCACCAUAUCAAUUCAUCUCCCAGUCGCAGGGUAAUUUGCAAGUCCUUGGACGUGACCAAGACUGGCCGACUUCAAAUGUAUUCAUGGGAUGGGGGAAGAAUGCGUUUAUAUCUGAAUACACGCCCGAUGGGCGCAUGGUCCAGCAAGGACACUUCGCCACGGAAGGAUCAAUGCAUUACCGCGCUUUCAAGUACAAUUUUACCUCCAGUCCCACGGAUGCACCGGCUCUGUACACAUAUGCACACAAUACUAGUGCACCGACCUCGUACUGGAUGAGCUGGAAUGGCGCCACAAAGGUCGCGCAGUGGCGUGUUUACUCGAGUACAUCGCGCGACGGGCCUUGGAAGGUUAUUGGCACUGUCCAUAAGAAAGGGUUUGAAACCAUGUUCACCGCACCCAAGUACUAUCCUUGGAGUAUGGUUGAGAGUCUCGAUAUUAAUGGUAAUCCAUUGAAAAACAACACGAGGCCCAUCAAGACGUUUGUCCCCAGCGCGAAACUCGCUGCGAAGUGCAAUGGCUCGGGAUGUCCGGCUGCUAGCAGUUAUAGCAAUGGAUCGCACAGCUCAAGCCAGCCGGGAAGCUCUUCGCCUACAAGUUCGAGCGCGGGUGCCUCAACACAAAAACGAAGUGGUGUGGAGGGCAAGAUGGGCUAUGCAGCCAUGUUUGGCUUCGGGGCAUUGAUCGCAUAG